AUGGCGGGCAACUUUGGAGCGCGUGGUAGGGAUGAAAGGGUGGGUGCUGGUGCCUAUGGCCCCUAUCGUCGUGAUCGUGGCACGUUUGGUGUGGAUCGCAGUUGGGGUAGGAGAGAGGGUUUAGCGCGAAGGGGUGGUGCGCCCCAUGGUGAUUUCAGGGAGCACGACCCGGCAGGUCUGGGAGCUUCGGAGAGGAGACAACCAUUGUUGGAGGAAAUGGGAAGUGGUGUGGGAGAAUUUUCUCAGACUGAUGGUGUAGGGUCUGGUGAUGGGAACGGUGUGGAGUCGGACAAUGAUCUCGGUAUGUCAGCAGUGUUGGGGAGGAACAGGGAAGGAGGUGAGAUCAUCAAGGCGGGUGGACGGUGCUCCAAGUGUUCGAAGAAAGGGCGCCAGGCUGCGGCGUGUAAGGCAGAGGUAUACUGCGUUAUCUGUGACUCACAUGAGCACAUGAAUCACAGGUGUCCCCUCCUCAGGGCGCCAAGGCCCGUGGCUCAUGCUGCGGGCUAUGCAGUGAUGGGUUUGGGAUUUUAUCAUAUCCCUCAUGCGCCACUACCCAGGAUGAAGAAGGAUUCCAAGAUGGCUCGGGUUUCAGUGGUAGGUGGAACUCUGUCUAGUGAUCAGCUGAUCAUGCAGCUAAAGAGGGUCGUGCCUGUUAAGUUGAGUUGGGAAUUAAAGGAGCUUGGGGAAGACCACAAGGAAAAUGAGUUCGGUCGAAUUAUGGUAGCCGUGCUUGAUCCUAAGCUGAUUCCAAGGAAGCUGGACGUAGUCAUUGGUGACCAUUAUUUUGACUUAGAAUUUGAAGUUGAUAAGAGAGGUUUUUAUGAGAAUGGUGAGGAAGUUGACAUUGUUUGGGAUGGUGGAGAAGAUGAGGGGGAAGGAGAGGGGAAGAUGCAGGGUCCGAACAGUGGAGGGGGACUAGAUGAUGACCAAUCAAAUGAGAGGGUGAACAAGAGGUCUAAAGGGAAUGAUGGGGGAGACAGUGGGGAGGAGAAAAGGAAAGGAUCUCAGUCUGAAAAGGAUGCUCUAGUUAGUAGUGGUCACGUACUUAGCGAAGAAGAGUUUCAGGAGUUCCUUAAUUGGAAGGCUAGCAAGGUGUUAGAUAUAGUUAUGAAUGAGGUUUUGGAAGAAAUGGCUACAAAGGUGAUGGGAGAAAAGGAGGGGCCCUUGGAGAUAGCCUCGGAUUCCACUGCUUGUGACAUCUCUGAUGAGACAGAGGCAGGGAAGGAUGUGAUGGAAGUGGAGGAGAUUACGGUUGAGACUCAGUUAGAAGGGUUGGGGAAAACUUUAGAAAUGUGUGCAGAAGCAAAUGAGGAGGAACGUUGCAUGCUGGCCGCUCAAGGUGGACAAGUUGAUGCCAAAUUCGUGGGAGUUGUGCUGAUUCUAGAGGUCGUGCUGUCCCCGUCCAGGGCGAGUCCGCGGCUGGCUGGUGUGGCGGUAGAACAUACGCUGGUGCGAGCAAAACGUGUGGUGCAGCCCAGGAAUCUGGAGUGUAACAGAGGUAACAACUUGACGGAUUUCCCUUUUUUCCCCUAUCAAAUGCUGUAG